AUGCCCAUGGAAACUGUGAAGGUGAUCAGUAAUAUUCAAAUAAAACCACCAAACAUCAUGGCUCACCAAGAUGUUCCAGCUAAUUCAAUGAGAAUUGAUAUUUGUUACGAGUCAGUGCCAAAUACAUCUUAUCAGGAAAUCACGUUAAGAAAGCGACCAUUAUCUGAUUUGAGCCCUUCACUCAAUAUUCCCCAAUCAAAUAAAAGGAAAUGUGUCGCGCAUAAGUAUGUACAAACAUCAAGAGAAUUUAAACCUAAAAAUAAAUUUAAGAUAUCACCAGGUGUAAGAUAUAGCAAGGAACUUAAGCAGUUUGCUCUAACUCUUAAUUACUAUUCUCCACAGGCAUACAGAUUCUUGCGCACAUGCAUUAAUUUGCCACAUCCUGCUACAAUUCGCAAGAUGCUUUCUUCUGCAGAGUGUAAUGUCGGUUUCCUUAAGGAAGUUGUUGAAUUUUUAAAAUUAAAUGUCCAAACGAAUCCCGCUUUAAUUCAUGUUGCCCUGAUUUUUGACUCAAUGGCUAUUAAAUCGGAGCUCGUGUAUGAGAAAAACUCAGAUAAAACUUGGGGUUAUGUUGAUUUGGGUGGAAUUGAAAAUGUAGAUUCCUAUGAAGUGGCGAAAGAAUCUUUAAUUUUUCAAAUAGUGUCUUACACAAAGUUGGAAGCAACAUUCUUUGUUAUGUAG